GUUUUUUUUUUUUUUUUUUUUUGAAAAUAGGCAAUGGAGCGUAAUGACAAGUUGGUUUCUAAUUUAGAAAGAGAAAUGACGUCUUAUUCUCGGAAUCCUGACGACGAGGGUAUCGCAGAAUAUGCUAACUUUGUCCUCAUGUGCAGUUCUAGGAUCUUAUUCCGACUCCGAAGAUGCAUCGAUUUCCAGGAAAUUUUCAACUGCAUGCGCUUGUCAUUAGCUGCGUAUUUGGAGAUCACAAUUUUGUUCUGUCGAGGCCGCAAUGACGACCAGAAAGGCGAGAAGGUCAAACUCAUACAAGAAAAUUCUAAUGCAAAGGCGAAUUCAGAAUCAGAGGAAAUGAAGCUUGAAGGCGAUGCAGUGAUGAUCUUAGUAGGACUAACCGUAGGCGCUCCUCUUCCUUUGAAGCUCCCCGGCAGCUAUCCGAGGUCUAUCGGAUUCAAUUUCGACGGUUCUGUCUAUCUUGAUGGGAUUAAACUUGUGUUUGGAUCGGAAAAAGAAGACUGGGGAAAAUCAGAGAAAGUGAUAGGUUGUGGGUCCAAUCCACGGCAAAAGAAAGUGUUUUUUCCAGUAGAUUCGCAGCUGGGGCAUGUGAUAAAUUAUAAAACAGAGGAAUUUGGAACUGCCCUGAAUUUUACAGUAAUCUUUCAAAGAAUACUUCAAAAGCGUGAGUUUUGUGUACUUUCUCCGUGUCUUUACAGUUUGGCUUUGUAAAUCAAACUUGUAAUCUUUUUGUUAACCUCAGAAAAAUUCUCAAUUUCUCGUGCCUUAGGGAUUUUGCAAAUCAUUUGCCAUCCCACCAAGAAAUUUGCUUGAUUUGAUGAUUUUGGGAUGAUUUGUCCAGGUGGCUUGUCCAUCUCAACAUAAAAAUGCCACAUCAGA